AUGGCUCUUCAGGGCAACACGACUUACUCCGAUGGAUUCAUCCUCCAGGGUCUCAUCUCCAACCAGCCAGGACAUGAGCAUCUUCUUGCCUCCAUCUUCCUCUUCAUGUACGUGCUGACUCUACUGGGGAACCUGCUGAUUGUCCUGCUCAUUCACUACGACACCCGCCUCUACUGCUCCCCCAUGUAUUUCUUCCUCAGCCAUCUCUCCUUGGCCGAUAUGGGUUUCUGCUCCACCACCGUCCCCAAGAUGCUGCAGAACCUACUAACUCGUAGCAAGCGCAUCUCCUACGGUGGCUGCUUGGCACAGAUGUUUUUCUUUCUGGGCUUUGGAAACACGGAGAGUUUUCUCCUGGCUUCCAUGGCACUUGAUAGAUACAUAGCCAUCUGUCGACCACUUCGUUACACUCUUCUGAUGAAUCAAAAACACUGUUUCCUCUUGGCUGCGGGUUGUUGGCUCCUGGGUUUUCUCCACUCCCUACUCUACACCCUGAUGAUGACUUGCCUCUCCUUCUGUGCCUCCCGGGAGAUUCCCCAUUUCUUCUGUGACCUUCACCCCUUAAUCAAGCUCUCUUGCUCGGACACCUCAGCCAUUCAGAUGACGACCCUCACGGAGGGGACUGCGACCAUGGUGGGGCCUUUCAUGGUCACCCUUCUCUCCUAUGUCCUCAUUGUCUCCAAGGUUCUCAAGAUCCCAUCAGCUGCUGGAAAGCGCAAGGCCUUUUCCACCUGUGGUGCUCACCUCACCACUGUCAUCUUGUUCUUUGGAACGGUGAUAGCUGUGUAUGUCCGCCCCUCUUCCACCUACUCUGGCACCAAAGUCCGGGUGAUGUCCGUAGCUUACACAGCAGUGACUCCCAUGCUCAACCCCUUCAUCUACAGCUUGAGGAACAGUGAGAUUCAGCAGUCUCUGCGGAAAAGUUUAGGGAUGAAAUCUGGAAGAUGA